GUCUUCUACUCCUGCUUUCUGUUCUAGAUCAGAGGAAAUCAUUAUUGAACAAGUAAAGGGUAGGAAAACAAAACAAAAAACCACCAGCUGAAAGGGUACAAAAUUGUGUUUUCAUUGAAUAGUAGAUGAUGCCUCCAGGGGGCAGCAGUGAGGCAGAGAAAUAGACUAAGAUCACUGUCCUCCUUGGUCUUGGGCUCCCCACAGUUCCCCACCAUCACUCCUCCCAUUCCUUCCAGCUUUAUUUUUAGCGGCCAGUGGGAGGGGGGCAGGAUAGGAGGGAAAGUAAAGAAAGCAGAAAAGGAGAGGAACAGGCACAGAAAACGUCUCACACAGGACAGAAGGACCAGGCAUGAAGCGCCCCAUUUUCCCUCACCUGUUCUUGCCUCUGACGUUCCUGACAGGUCUCUGCCUCCCCUUUAAUCUGGACGUGCAUCACCCACGCCUAUUCACAGGUCCACCAGAAGCUGAAUUUGGAUACAGUGUUUUACAGCAUGUUGGGGGUGGACAGCGCUGGAUGCUGGUGGGUGCCCCCUGGGAUGGGCCUUCAGGUGACCGGAAGGGGGAUGUUUAUCGCUGCACUAUAGGGGAGCCUCACAAUGCCCCUUGUGCCAAGGGUCACUUGGGUGACUAUCAACUGGGAAAUUCAUCUCAGCCUGCUGUGAAUAUGCAUCUGGGAAUGUCUCUACUAGAGACAGACCGUGAUGGGGGAUUCAUGGCCUGUGCCCCUCUCUGGUCUCGUGCCUGUGGCAGCUCUGUCUUCAGUUCUGGAAUAUGUGCCCGUGUGGAUGCUUCAUUCCGACCCCAGGGAAGCCUGGCACCUACUUCCCAACGCUGUCCCACAUACAUGGAUGUUGUCAUCGUUUUGGACGGCUCCAAUAGUAUCUAUCCCUGGUCUGAAGUUCAGACUUUUCUUCGGAGGCUGGUAGGGAGAUUGUUUAUUGAUCCGGAGCAGAUACAGGUGGGACUGGUACAGUACGGGGAGAGCUCUGUACACGAGUGGUCCCUGGGAGAUUUCCGAACCAAGGAAGAAGUGGUGAGAGCAGCAAGGAACCUCAGUCGGCGGGAGGGACGAGAAACAAGAACUGCCCAAGCAAUAAUGGUGGCAUGCACAGAAGGGUUUAGUCAAUCCCGAGGGGGUAGACCAGAGGCUGCUAGGCUACUGGUGGUUGUCACUGAUGGAGAAUCCCAUGAUGGAGAGGAACUUCCAGCAGCAUUAAAGGCCUGUGAGGCUGGAAGAGUAACACGUUAUGGGAUUGCGGUCCUUGGUCACUACCUUCGGCGGCAGCGAGACCCCAGCUCUUUUCUUCGAGAAAUCAGAGAUAUUGCUAGUGACCCAGAUGAGCGAUUCUUCUUCAAUGUCACAGAUGAGGCCGCACUGACUGACAUUGUGGAUGCACUGGGAGACCGAAUUUUUGGCCUUGAAGGGUCCCGUGGAGAAAAUGAAAGUUCCUUCGGGCUGGAAAUGUCCCAGAUUGGUUUCUCCACUCAUCGGCUAAAGGAUGGAAUUCUCUUUGGGAUGGUGGGGGCCUAUGACUGGGGGGGCUCAGUGCUAUGGCUUGAAGAAGAAGGUCACCGUCUUUUCCCCCCACGAACGGCCCUAGAAGAUGAGUUUCCCUCUGCUUUGCAGAACCAUGCAGCCUACCUUGGUUACUCCGUUUCCUCCAUGCUUUUGCCGGGUGGACGCCGCCUCUUUCUCUCAGGGGCUCCUAGGUUUAGGCAUCGAGGAAAAGUUAUUGCCUUCCAGCUAAAGAAAGAUGGAGCUGUGAGGGUUGCCCAGAGCCUCCAGGGGGAUCAGAUUGGCUCAUACUUUGGCAGUGAGCUCUGCCCAUUGGAUACAGAUAGAGAUGGAACAACUGACAUCUUACUUGUGGCUGCCCCCAUGUUCCUUGGACCCCAGAACAAGGAGACAGGACGUGUUUAUGUGUAUGUGGUAGGCCAGCAGUCUUUGCUGAUGCUCCAAGGAACACUUCAGCCAGAACUCCCCCAGGAUGCUCGCUUUGGCUUUGCUAUGGCUGCUCUUCCGGAUUUGAACCAAGAUGGUUUUGCUGAUGUGGCUGUGGGGGCGCCCCUGGAGGAUGGGCACCAGGGAGCACUAUACCUGUAUCAUGGAACCGAGAGUGGAAUCAGGCCUCAUCCUGCCCAGCGGGUUGCAGCUGUCUCCAUGCCGCAGGCCCUCAGCUACUUUGGCCGAAGUGUAGAUGGCCGGUUAGAUCUGGAUGGAGAUGAUCUUGUAGAUGUUGCUGUGGGUGCCCAUGGGGCAGCCAUUCUGCUCAGCUCCCAGCCCAUUGUUCACUUGACCCCAUCCCUGGAUGUGAUGCCACCACACAUCAGCGUGGUUCAGAGGGACUGUAGACGGAGAGGACAGGAGGCAGCCUGCCUAACUGCAGCCCUUUGCUUUCGAGUGACUUCCCGAACUCCUGGCCGCUGGGAUCGCACAUUCUAUAUACAGUUCUCGGCAUCACUGGAUGAGUGGACGGCUGGGGCACGUGCAGCAUUUGAUGGCUCUGGCCAGCGGCUGCCCCCUCAGCAGCUCCAGCUGAGUGUGGGGAAUGUCACCUGUGAGCAGCUGCAUUUCCAUGUGCUGGAUACAUUGGAUUACCUCCGGCCUAUGGCAUUGACUGUGACUUUUGUCUUGGACAACGCCACAAAGCCAGGGCCUGUGCUGGAUGAAGGAUCAUCUACCUCCAUACAAAAGCUGAUCCCAUUCUCAAAAGACUGUGGUCCUGACAAUGAAUGUAUCACAGACCUGGCGCUUCAGGCUAAUAUGGACAUCAGAGGCUCCAGGAAAUCCCCAUUCGUGGUUCAAGGAGGUAGACAAAAACUACUGGUAUCAGCAACCCUGGAGAACAAGAAGGAAAAUGCCUACAACACUAGCUUGAGUCUCAGCUUCUCUAGAAAUCUCCACCUGGCCAGUCUUACUCCUCAGAGGUCCAGCCCAGUGAAGGUGGAAUGUGCAGUCCCUUCCCCCCAUGCCCGACUGUGCAGUGUUGGGUAUCCUGUCUUCCAGGCUGGAGCCAAGGUGACCUUUCUGCUGGAGUUUGAGUUUAGCUGCACUUUCCUUCUGAGCCAGGUCUUGGUGAGGCUGACUGCCAGUAGCAGUAGCCUGGAGAGAAAUGGGACCCUUCAAGAUAACACAGUCCAGACCUCUGCCUACAUCCAAUAUGAGCCUCACCUCAUGUUCUCUAGUGAGUCCACUCUGCAUCGCUAUGAGGUUCACCCCUACAGGACUCUCCCAGUGGGUCCUGGCCCUGAAUUCAAAACCACUCUUAGGGUUCAGAACCUUGGCUGUUAUGUGGUCAGUGACCUCAUCAUCUCAGCUGUCCUUCCAUCUGUAGCCCAUGGAGGCAAUUACUUCCUGUCACUAUCUCAAGUCAUCUCUAACAAUGCAAGCUGCACAGUACAGAAUCUGACUGAGCCCCCAGGGUCCCCUGUGCAUCCAGAGGAGCUUCAGCACACAAACAGACUGAAUGAAAGUAAUACUCGGUGUCAGGUUGUGAGGUGCCACCUUGGACAGCUGGCAAAGGGGACUGAGAUCUCUAUUGGACUACUGAGGCUGGUCCACAAUGAAUUUUUCCGGAGGGCCAAGUUCAAGUCUCUGACGGUGGUCAGCACCUUCAAGUUAGGAACUGAGGAUGGCAGUGUCCUACAACUGACUGAAGCCUCCUGUUGGAGUGAGAGCCUCCUAGAGGUGAUUCAGACCCGCCCUGUCCUCAUCUCUCUGUGGAUCCUCAUUGGCAGUGUCCUGGGAGGGCUGCUCCUGCUCGCUCUCCUUGUCUUCUGCCUGUGGAAGCAGGAAGAACAGGAUUUGUGCUGGACAGUUAAGCAUGCUGGGAGUGCCAUGCCCGGAUCUCCUUCACUGUAUUCCACAAGUGGCAGAUGAAUUAAACUUAGCCAAAUAAAAUAAAUUUGAAUCUCAUUUUUGGAAACAGAACAAAAGUGAAGACCUCAGAUAAGUCUGGGGGCUACUGGCAAGGCACUUGGCAAUAACUCUUAUCUUUUC